AUGUUGCAGAACAUUGCAAGGAACCAGUCAAGAUCACCGUACAUGGGAACCAAGGCCCGGCGGAGGCGGAAGACCUCCAAGGAAGAACGCGUCUGUCCAGUCUGCAAUCAGACAUUCAAGAAGGCCGAGCAUCUAGCUAGACAUCUUCGAUCUCAUACAAAAGAGAAGCCAUUUAAUUGUCUUGUAUGUCAGAAGGCAUUUGCUCGACAGGAUACUUUGCUGCGACAUUCACGAUCUCAUUCAAUUAAUAAUGCUAAAUAUGGGAGUGUAGAGUGCAGUGACGAGUUACCCAGUGGGAAUCAUACAGAAAAUCAAAAUGAUAUUUUGGUAGUGCAAGCUCCUCUCGAGUUCACCAAGUCGAUCACGGCAAACACGACGGUGCCUAUGUCGCCGCCUGACAGCACGUCGAUUGCCCAUCCUACUUCACUUCUUUCCAUUCCAGAAACUACUGUAUUCCAGUCUGAGACGGUUUCCUCCAACUCUCUUUUCUCCCCACAGCCGAGUGAUCAACACGUCAACCUUCAGCCCCCUUCGUGGGAAUACCAACUCGAGAACGACUGGGAAUAUCUUUUGAAUAGUGAUCAAUUCGACUUGAAUGCCGUGAGCUUCUUAUUACAACACACACCAUCUAUCAUUCCUCCCGCCUUCGAGAUGUCCGAUGUGUCUGACCCGGAGUAUCGUGUCACAAGCUUUGACGGGCUGACAGAGGACCGUAUGAACUUGAUCCAACGAAAAUGGCAUACCUUCAUUGAAGCUUCGCCCACCUCGGAUGAUGCAACUCCUGAGCCUUCUCAGUCUUCUCAGCCCUCUCAGCCUGAUGGUCAUAUCAACGAGUCCUACCGCGAUCACCUUCACGAAUGGCUGCGACCACACGUACAGGAUGGCAGCUUGCCACCAGCUCAAUUUCUCUCUUUUUGUAUCGUGAUUUAUUUCUCCAGAUUCCACAGUCUUUUCCCAAUCGCCCAUGCGCCCACACUCCGCUCCGGAGCAGAACGCUCGAUCCUGGUACUUUCGAUCUGCUCGGUUGGCAGUCUCUUUGCCGGGUCCGGUAGCGCGAUCUCUCAUGGCAUAAGUCUGUUCGAGCGGCUCAAUAAAGUCAUACUGUCAUCGUGGGAGAAAUAUCUGGCAAAAUCCGGACACAUAUCUACCAUGGCGUUACAAGCUUCAAUCUUGGGACAGACAUUCGGUCUGCUGAUGGGGAGACCGAAGGAUUUGCUCUUGAUCGAUGUAUUCCAUGGAAGUCUGAUUGCUUGGGCACGAAAAAAGAGAAUCUUCUUUCGGGGGCACCUGGACAUCAAUCUCAUCAAUGUGGAAGGAGAGGCUCUAGAGAAGGUAUGGAAGACAUGGUUGGAUAUUGAGAUCAACAUGCGAAUUGUGCUUGGCCUACACAUCCAUGACGCCGAAUUAGCAAAGCUUCACCACCACCCGCCGCUGCUCCGUCAAUCCAUCGAUGCUAUCCCUCGGAUCUCCUCCGAAGAGCUCUUCAUGGUCACCACUGCGAGCGGCUGGAAAGCGCUGAUGAUUGAAUCCCAAUACAAACCCACUUCCCCGACACAGACCUUUCUUAGCGAUCACACUUCGGAGUUUGUCCUCACUGGCAUGCUGGAAUCGAUCAGCGCUCUAGCCGUCGAGCAAUCUCGUGAUGUGUCAAAGUGCCAUGCUCUUCUGAAGACUUGGCGCAGGCAAUAUGCUCCAGCGAAUAGUCCCGUAUCCUGGGUGAGCCUGCUCAUACUCUGGCAUUCGAUCUUCGUCCAGCUACACGUCGACUUCGAUACCCUUGAGCUAGCCCUUGGUCGUGAAGGCUACGAAGCUUCGUGCAAAGCCUACCCCCACGUGCAUGAAUGGAUCAGAUCCCCAGACGCGAAGCGCUGUCUCUUGCACGUCAUUCUCAUUCAAAAUCUCUUUGGAUCGCUUCCCAUUGGUAAUGAAUCGGCAAUCUACAUCCCUCUUUGCUUGUACCACUGCGGUAUCAUCGUCGCUGCUUUCUGGUAUUUCACUGAUCUACGCAAGGGGAUGGUGAGCAUUGAUGAUGCGUAUCUGCAUUUUGAUGAAUUCCAGCUGAGUGGAGUUGAGGAUUCUCUCGCGCAGGCUUCACCGGAGACCAGGAAUUGGACUCCAAAUCCCGUGUUCCGUAUCAUUGGUUUGCUGCAAAGGAUUGGGCAUUGGAGGAUUGCUCGGAGCUUGGCUACGACUUUGCUCGCACUGGUUGAUUGUUAA